AUGCACCAACCGCGGAAAUAUUCCUACAAUGCACAUGCCUGGAAACUGAAGACGAAGCCAAAGAGCACAUACAAGAUCCGCGACGAAGCGUGGAAGAUCCAUGCAUACCCCUGCAUCGGACUAUCCCGCUUCUUGAACUUCAGCAUACGCCUAUCCCCAGUCUACACGCAGGUACCAGACCGCAUACGCGAGGGACGGACCCUACUAGACCUAGGCUGCUGUUUCGGCCAAGACCCACAAAGGUAG